GUCCAUUGGAUUGUUGUGUCGGUCACAGGUCCUGGCGAGACAAAAGCUCGAUCGGUCGUCCCGCCUCCUCCGCCGAUCACGACGCCUCUGUGAAAUCGCCGCCCCGAUCCAGUUGCCUUCCGAGCUCCUAAUGGAAGAAGAAUAGCUCCUCUCGAUCCCUUUCUUGCUUCCUUGUCCUUCUCCGUCCUCCGUGACGCGGAAUCCCUUUUCGUGGGCUGUUAGGGCUUUUGCUUCGUUCCCCGUAUCCUCGAUGGGUCGCUCCCGCGCGGUGCACAACUCCGGAGACGAUGACACGAAUCCGAGAUCAAAGAGAAGGAGAGUUGCUUCAAGUGGAGAAGCUUUGGAAACUGCAACGACAGGCCCAGGAUCUAGUGAAGGGAAAAAAGUUUUGUUUCACUGCAACUAUUGCAACAAAGACAUUUCUGGGAAGAUUCGCAUCAAAUGUACAAAAUGUCCUGACUUUGAUUUAUGUGUGGAGUGCUUCUCUGUUGGUGCUGAAGUCACUCCACACAAAAGCAACCAUCCAUAUCGAGUUAUGGACAAUUUGUCUUUCCCUCUUAUUUGUCCAGAUUGGAAUGCAGACGAGGAAAUAUUGCUUCUAGAGGGGAUUGAGAUGUAUGGGCUGGGGAACUGGGCUGAAGUUGCUGAGCAUGUGGGUACAAAGAGCAAAGCACAGUGCAUUGAUCAUUAUACCACAUCAUACUUGAACUCACCUUGUUAUCCUCUUCCAGAUAUGUCUCGAGUUAAUGGUAAGAAUCGAAAGGAACUCCUUGCUAUGGCUAAAGUACAAGUUGAGGGAAAGAAAGGCACUUCAUUGCUUGGUGAUGUCAUACCAAAGGAUGAGUCACCAUUUUCACCUGCAAGGGUCAAGGUUGAAGAUUCAAGUGAUGGUUCAGUUAAUCGGUCACCAUCAAACUUAGCUCCAGGUGCAAGUAAGAUGGCUUUAAACACAGGACAGAUUAAGGAUAAUGCUGAUGGACCUAAAGUAGAAGGUUCUUAUGCAGAUAGGACAAUUGGUGUGAAAAAGCCCAAGUAUUCAGGAGAGGAAGAUCCUAUGUUUAUUGAGAGUGGUUAUAAUCAGAAGAGGCAAGAAUUUGAUCCUGAAUAUGAUAAUGAUGCAGAGCAGGCAUUAGCUGAUAUGGAGUUUAAGGAAAAUGACUCAGAAACAGAGCGGGAACUAAAGCUGCGAAUGCUACGAAUUUAUUUGUCAAGGCUUGAUGAGAGGAAGCGGAGAAAGGAGUUUAUUCUAGAAAGGAAUUUACUUUAUCCUAAUCCAUUAGAAAAGGAGAUUUCUAAUGAGGACAGAAACAUUUAUAACCGUUUCAAGGUCUUUGUGCGCUUUCUUUCUCAAGAAGAGCAUGAGGAUUUGGUCAAGAGUGUCAUUGAGGAGCGCAAAAUUCAAAGAAGAAUUCAAGAGCUUCAGGAGUGUCGAUCUGCUGGGUGCCGCACACUGGCAGAAGCGAAAGCAUACACUGAACAGAAGAGGAAGAGAGAGCUAGAGGCUAAUGCACAAAACUCCAAGGAAAGCUCCCAGGUUCUUCCCGGGGGAAAACUUAUGCAAAAAGCAAGCCGUCCGUUAAACCGUGAAAAGGGGGAAAAUGAUGGAAGUCCAAGAAACACAAAUGAUGACCACAAAAUAAAAGGUGGCAUUGGGUUAGAUUCCAGCGGCAAAGGCUCACCUUCAGCUAAUGCAGGACAACUUGCUGCGAGACCAUUUGACGAAUGGGAUAUAACCGGAUUUCCUGGGGCAGAAUUGCUUAGUGAUAUUGAGCAAGAACUGUGCUGUCAAAACCGAUUGCUGCCCAGUCACUACCUCAAAAUGCAAGAGACACUGGUACAGGAGAUAUACAAAGGUAACAUUAUCAACAAAUCAGAUGCCCAUUGUUUGUUCAAAGUUGAUCCAGUGAAAGUGGACAGGGUCUAUGAUUUGGUGAAGAAAAAGUUAGGCCAGCAGGAAGAGUCUACCAUUGUUCAGUAAUUGUUUCCUUUUUCUGCUGCCCAGAUCUAUUUAUCAUCAAAUAGUCUGUAAAAAUAAGCCCAAAAAACAUGACAAUGAUCUAACUCCUGUAUUUCUAUUCAUCGGCACAAUCACUUGAGACCGAAACGAAGAUGAACUAGUUCAACAGUCAUCGUAAUCUCAGUCUUUAAGUUUUGGUUUUGCUACUAGUUAAA